GUUUUGUAACAAGCAGCUGGAGGAAACGUGGUCAUGUAGGGUGACGACGUAGUGAUUGUUGUUCGUGUAUUUGCCUUUUGUUUUUAAUACAUAGGUUUUUAUUUUAACUUUUUAUAUAAUUUUUUGUGUAAUUUUAAAGAAGUCAUUAUGUGUGCAGCAAGAACUGUAAUCUGCUUGCUAAGAAAUGACCUGCGCUUUAACGACAACGAGAUACUGUAUUGGGCCCAGGCAAAUGCAGAAUAUGUUGUUCCUCUUUACUGCUUUGAUCCAAGGCAUUAUUUAGGAACACAUACCUUCAAUUUUCCAAAGACAGGCCCUUUUAGACUGAAGUUUUUGCUGGAAAGUGUGAAGGAUUUAAGGGAAACCAUGCAGAAAAAAGGAAGUAACUUGGUGGUGAGAAAAGGGAAACCAGAGGAAGUUAUCCAAGAACUCAUUCAAAAACUGAAAUUUGUGACAGCUGUAACAUUUCAAGAUGAGGUCACAAUGGAGGAAAAGGUCGUAGAAUAUGGAGUAAAACAAGUUUGUUCACAACUGAAUAUCAAGGUUCAAACAUUUUGGGGAUCUUCCCUUUUUCAUAGAGAUGAUCUACCCUUUCAUCAUAUUUCCCAGUUGCCAGACGUGUUCACUUACUUUAGGAAAGCUGUGGAGUCUCAAGGCAUUGUGCGGCCCACAUUUGCAAUGCCCAGUCAGAUGAAGCCCCUUCCUGAAGGAGUGGAGGAAGGAGACAUUCCAUCCCAUGAGACCUUUGGACAAAUCUGUCCCUUACUGGACCCACGCAGUGCAUUUCCCUGUGAAGGGGGUGAAACAAAGGCAUUGGAACGACUCAUGCACUACUUCUGGGAUAAGAAUUUAAUUGCUACUUAUAAAGAAACACGCAAUGGACUAAUUGGCAUAGAUUAUUCAACAAAAUUUGCUCCCUGGCUUGCACUGGGCUGCAUUUCUCCAAGAUAUAUUUAUGAACAAGUUAAGAAGUAUGAGAAAGAGAGAAUGGCAAAUCAGAGCACAUACUGGGUAAUUUUUGAGUUAUUGUGGAGAGACUAUUUUCGUUUUGUGGCCUUAAAGUAUGGAAGAAGGAUUUUUUUCCCCAAAGGUCUUCAAGAUAAGGCUGUGGCCUGGAAGAAAGAUGGUAAACUCUUUGAUACAUGGAAAGAAGGAAAAACUGGUGUGCCAUUUGUAGAUGCCAAUAUGAGGGAGCUGGCAUUGACAGGUUUUAUGUCCAAUAGAGGGCGUCAGAAUGUGGCUAGCUUUCUCACAAAGGACCUCGGCUUAGACUGGAGAAUGGGAGCUGAAUGGUUUGAGUACUUGCUGACUGACUAUGAUGUAUGUAGCAACUAUGGGAACUGGCUAUAUAGUGCUGGGAUUGGCAAUGACCCUCGAGAAAAUCGAAAGUUUAACAUGAUCAAGCAAGGUCUGGACUAUGAUGGGGAUGGUGAAUAUGUCAGAUUGUGGGUUCCAGAGCUGAAGGAGAUUAAGGGAGGAGAUAUUCACACACCAUGGGCACUCAGUAGUGCCUCUCUAUCCCAUUUCAACGUGCAUUUGAAUGAAACCUAUCCAUCUCCCAUUAUUGUGCAACCAGAAUGGAGCAGACAUACCAACCAGAAACCUGCUAAUUCCUCUGGACAUAGACGAGGAAGAGGAGGUUCUCACAAUCUUCCAAAACAGCACAAGGACCGUGGAAUAGAUUUUUAUUUUUCAGGGAAUAAACAUUCAGAGUAAGCAUACAAAGAAAUUUAACAGUAACUGUAUAUACAGUGUUUACUCAGUAAAAGCUAUACCGUAUGUGUCACCCAGAGAAGAAGGCAAUAUGUUUGAAGGAAAUGCCUUACAGUGGGAUCUUGGGUUCAAAAAGCGCAGUGUGCUAUCUGAUGCAAACUAACUACUUCCAUUGAAACUUAACUAGUUCUCAUCCCAUCAUGAAAUCUGUAAGCUAUGGUGACAGUUGAUUCUGCAGUUCCCAAAUCUGUGCCCUAAAGCCAAAAGCACCAUUGGCAUUGGUUGCUGCUAAAAUGCACCUCUUUAAAAUCCUGUAGUAAAUGUUUUUUGGAAGAUUAAGACUAAGUAAAGAAGUAAAACCCAGUCUGAAUAAC